CCCAUCAUCCUCUCUGCUCUCCCCCCCCCUCCUUAAAUCGUUUUCAGAAAGCGGCGCCACGCGCAUCACUCCCGGGAAUUUGGAAAGAAAGUGAGAAAGAGAGAGUGAGUGAGAGCGAAAGGGACGGAGGGGAGGAGCGGGAGGAGCCGAGGCUGGCGGGGCGCCUGGUAUGAACUUAGAAGGCAGCCGCGGCGGUAGCAGCAGCAGCAGCAGCAGCAGCAUCGAGGGCGGCGGGAUGAGCUCGGUGAGCUGCGGCAACGGGAAACUCCGGCAGUGGCUGAUCGAGCAGAUUGACAGCACCAAAUACCCGGGCCUGAUAUGGGAGAACGAGGAGAAGAGCAUCUUUCGCAUCCCCUGGAAGCACGCGGGCAAACAGGACUACAACCGCGAGGAGGACGCCGCUCUCUUCAAGGCUUGGGCUCUAUUCAAAGGGAAAUUCAGAGAAGGCAUUGAUAAACCAGAUCCUCCCACUUGGAAGACAAGGCUGCGUUGUGCUUUGAACAAGAGCAAUGAUUUUGAAGAACUGGUGGAAAGAAGUCAAUUGGACAUAUCAGACCCAUAUAAAGUAUAUAGAAUAAUACCGGAAGGAGCAAAAAAAGGAUCAAAACAACUUAGCCUGGAAGAUCCACAGAUGAUUAUGAACAACGCUUUCACUCUAAAUUCAUCAUAUUCUGCACUACAGCCUCAGGUGCCUAACUACAUGGUACCUCAUGACCGUAACUGGAGGGAAUACAUACCAGACCAGUCCCAUCCUGAUCUUUCAUACCAGUGUACAAGUGUCUCUUUUCCACCUCGUAAUCAUCACUGGCAAGGCCCAUCAUGUCAGAAUGUAGGUUGUCAAGUAACUGGGACUUUUUAUGCUUGUGCACCACCUGAGACACAGACUUCUGGCAUCCCAAUAGAGGGAAAUAUCAGAUCUACUGAAGGUCUUCCCUUGUCAGAUUGUCGAUUGCACAUCUGUUUGUAUUAUCAUGAAACUCUCGUAAAAGAAGUCACAACUUCAAGUCCUGAGGGCUGUAGGAUAACUCAUGGUCAUAGUUAUGAGAUCAGCAGCAUGGACCAAGUUAUGUUCCCUUAUCCGGAAGAUCAUAAUCAGAGGAAAACAAUUGAAAAAUUGCUUUCUCACCUGGAAAGAGGAGUAAUACUCUGGAUGACCCACGAUGGCCUCUAUGCUAAGAGACUUUGUCAAAGCCGGAUAUAUUGGGAUGGGCCUCUGGCAUUCUGUAGCGACAGGCCUAACAAAUUGGAAAGAGAGCAGACGUGCAAGCUUUUUGAUACUCAGAAAUUUUUAUCAGAACUGCAAAUAUUUGCCCACCAUGGGCGUCCAUUACCUAGAUUCCAGAUUGUAUUAUGUUUUGGAGAAGAGUUUCCUGAGCCACAAAGACAGAGAAAGCAAAUUACAGCCCAUGUUGAACCAGUGUUUGCUAGGCAGCUGUACUAUUUUGCACAGCAAAACACCGGACCUUUUCUAAGAGGCUACGAUAUACCAGAACAGAUAACCACUUCAGAAGAUUAUCAUAGAUCCAUCCACCAUUCCUCUGUUCAGGAAUAAACACAGAAACACUGAAGUCUGAAUUACCUUCUGAGACGUAAACGGAAGACAAGGAACUUUGGAUCACAGCUAAAGGAAGUAAAUCAGUACGUUGAAUUUUCCCAGGAAAUCAUCACCAGCUGGAAAUGGACAUGGAAUGCAUGUACUCAAUGUAAGAAUCUAGAACUCCGAGUGAGAACUCUGCCAUAUUUUUGGAAAGCUGCCCUCUGCUUGUGGGAUGAACUGUAAAAAAAAAGACAAAAUACCUGAUAUGUUUACAUGUUCUUAAAUAAGGACAGUGUCUUGGAGACAACCUGAAAUUAUUUCAAGCCACUUGUUAUUUAUUUGAUUUGAAAUCUCAGGGCAAGAAAUUCUAAACCUAAGCAACCAUUUGCUAUGGUAUAAGGCCAUAAGAAUGCAUGUUAAUGGAUUUUUAAAAAAGUUUCAGAUAAUCAAAAUGUUGAAUGCUGUGUGUUUUUGUGUAUGUGUGUGUGUGUGUGUAGAAAAUAUAAUUACAGGUGGGUUUUUUUUCAUGAAUUUUAAAAAAGCUCUUUUUGUUGCUGCUGUUUCCGAAGUGUGCAUGAAUACUAAUUCUGUGGAAUCUAUCAGAAAUCUUCCCAUGAUAAAACAUUAUAUCAUUGUCCAAUAUUUACAUCAUUAUAUCAUUUAAUUUGUAUUAAAUUCGAUGGGUUACGUUUAUUCAUAACAACUAUUAUGCUGAGACUUUAUUCCUAUACAGACCAGACCUUGCCUGAGAGUGAUUUUUCAGAUGGGCUUCACUUUGCAUCCCAUAAUGGUCUAGAGGUCAUGGAACUGACAUUAUUAUCCAUCUAGAAAUCUUCAGGCUGAAGAAAUUAACUUAUUAGAGAAGGAGACCAAUUUAGUGCAUUGAGGCUUAUACUGGAAUAUUUAGGAAUGCACAAGUAAGGAGUGAAUGUGUAAAAAUUGAGAGCCAGCUUGGUCUGGUGCAGGGGUCUUCACACUUGGCCCUUUUAUGACUUGUGGACUUCAAC